UUUCUUGUCCACGACAUAAACAAACCACAGCAAAAAAACCGUGCGUGCGUUCGUUUUCUACGCUCGCCGGUUAAAUGUUGCUAAUAAUUUAGUGCAAUAAAAGAAAACAGGUGGUAUCGAGCUUGCGGACAACCGGGUGGAGUGUUCUACCAAGCGGAAAUGGAUAAAUCGGCACCCGAAUCUCCGCUGAAGAUGCUGCUCAGCUCGGCACCACGCCAGGCUGGCACAUCAAUCGGGCAGACAGUGAAACAACCUCCACAAGCGGGCAUACAGAUGCAAACACCCGUACCCACUGGACCGCAGGAAGCAAUCAACUCGGUGCUUGUAAGAAACUGUGUCGCGACGGUCAGUGUGGGCUGCGAGCUAAACCUAAAAACGAUCAAUUUCCGCACGCGCAACUCGGAGUACAACCCGUCCCGAUUUCACGGUGUCGUCAUGCGGAUACGGGACCCACGCUGCACCGCACUGGUGUUCCGCUCCGGCAAAGUCAUCUGCACCGGGGCGAAGAACGAACAGCAGGCACAUCUCGGGCUGCGCAAGUUCGUCCGCAUCAUCCAGAAGCUCGGCUUCGACGUCAAGUUCCUAGACUUUAAGGUACAGAAUCUGGUAGCGACGGCGGACCUGCGAUUUCCCAUCCGGCUGGAAAACCUUAACCAGGUGCACGGGCAGUUCAGCUCGUACGAGCCGGAACUGUUCCCGGGGCUUAUCUAUCGGAUGGUGAAACCGCGCGUUGUGCUGUUAAUAUUCGUGAAUGGCAAGAUCGUUUUUACCGGUGCUAAAAAUCAGCGAGAGAUUCACGAAAGCUUAGAAAACAUUUACCCAAUCUUGCAAAGCUUCCGCAAGAACUAGAUUUUCCCCCGUCAACCACAGGCAGGUGUGCAUUUUGUUGUUUUGAGCUUCUCACAGAGCUGUUAGGGAAGGAAACGCAUUUGGUGCACAUUUUAAUUCUGAACUUUUUGCUAAUAAGUUAAACUCAAUUGUAAUGUUUUUUGAUUGCAUAUACAUAUUAAAAUAAAAUAUACUCUUAUUUAA